UGCUUUAAUUAUAUUUUUCUGGGCGUAUUUUCAGGUGUAUAUACAUGGGUUUUUUUAAGGACCUUUUGUUAGGUAGAUUACCAGUUUUGUACAAAGAAAAACAGUAGAUGAAAGAGAAAAGGUAGGGGACAAGCCUGGAAUUGUUUUGCUUUGAAAAUCAAGAUUUGGGUAAGAUUCCCAAUUGUGGAAAAGAGUUGGAUGCCCAGAUUUAUUAUAUAGUUCAAAAUUGAUGUAAAGUAUAAUUUUGCUUAAAGAAAUGGAUUUGCACAGUUAUCCUCGAGGGGAAAAUGGGAGGUUGGAACAAAUACUUAAUCAGUUUUUCUUGAAAAGCUUACACGUGAUAUUGGAUUCGAGGGUUCCUGCCAUUCGGCCAUCUAGUCGCUAUGGGGAAGUAAAAAAGAGUGAUAAAUGGUUCAAUUUGGUAUUAGGAGAUCGUCCUUCAGCCAUGGAUAACUUGAGUUUCUGGAAUCGAAGUUUUAUGGAACCCAUGGUUAUUGAUAUUAUACUCGUUCAAGAAUCACUAAAGUCUUCAUUGGAGCAUAGUUCAAUUACUACUUUAGGGUCGGAGAUGGUAACAGACACAGUCAUAGAGAGGUGGGUUGUUCAGCACGAGCAUCGAAGGUCAGUAGGUCAUUCAAUCAGCGAAGCCUCUUACAAGAAGACAUACAAGAAAUCAAUAUUACUCUUACGCUCCAUUUAUUCAAUGUUGAGACUCCUUCCGGCAUAUAAGGCUUUUCGUAAACGAGGUUCAAGCCAGAAUUGUGUUUUUGAUAUCAAUUACAAGGUCUGUACAUAUGCUGUUCCGUUUUCAAGGGAGGAGGACGAGUUGAUGAAGAGACAUAAUUUCAUUCCAAUUGACACCAAACAAGGUGCCCUUUCUGUAUCUUUGACGUAUCGUAAAGAUUUGUCUGAUUUCAUCCAGGAUGCCUUUGUAUCUUUUCCCUCAGAGAUCAUUACAGAUUAUGUUGGCAGCCCACUUACCGAGCCUAUCAGACCAUUCCCUACUUAUUUGUCUGAGAAGGGUGUUCGUGCUACGUCCUUCCCCAUAACAGGGAGUCAACCGACUUCUUCAUCCGCGUUGCUACGUCGGCACAGCUGGGCAAGUGGGAUCCAUGAGGACGCUUCACAAAAGAAUCAACCAUAUAGUGGAUCUCCUCCUCUAUACCGGUCACCAUAUGAGCACUCAUCUUCGCCUACUGACCUAUAUGGACAUAGGUUCCAAAACCAAAGAUCACCAGCUUGUCAGAAAGCAGCAAUUGAUGAUUUACUAUCUCCUCCUUUUUCACCUUCUCCUUCCCCAUCUCCCCCUACAUACCUUUAUAGCGGGAAUCCCCUGCAUAGUCGUAUGCGUUCAGAAACUCCUCCCAUGAGUAUUCCACAUCCGAUGAUGGGAAGAAGUCCAAGAUAUCUUUCUCCUAAUCUGUCAGAUCCAAACAGGCAUUCUCUUCCGCCUUUAUCUCCUAGGAGCACAAAAAAUGAUCCUUCGUCCCAGGAGUCCUCAUCUGGAAUUAGAUCAAUAAGGAAAUCAGAUUCACUGAGGACUGGAGAGCCAAGUCCUGGGCUAACAAACCUUGGUCCAAGGGUAUCAAGAGAUUCCAAAGAAGAUUCUGGACGGUUUUCAGGUCCUUUAUCUUCAAGUAGUUCUCCACGCGUUGGAUUCUCGAGAAGCUCCAGCAGAUUGUCUUUCCAGGAUGAUUUUGGCGAUGGUGAUUUCACCUACCCAUUUAUUGUUGAUGACGUCGACCCUCCUGAUUUCCAAUCCAGCCAGAAUCUUGAUGGGAAAAAUAAGUCCGAAGAUUCGUCCCAAGCAUCCUCUACUGCCAAAAGAUCUCAAGAUGCAGCUGUCGGUGUCCUUGUUCACAUGCUAAGAACAGCUCCUCCUCUGCGCCCAACUAGUUCUUAUACCAGUCAAUCCUCUGAGAAUGAAGUCGAGAGAGAAGUUGGAACUGCUUCUGAAUUUUUCAAGCCUCGAGAUACAACUGAUGCACUCGAGGAACUCAAGGCUUACAAAGAAAUGAGAGAUCAGCUAGUUUCCAAGAGUGCUGCUCGUACUUCCAUCAGAGAAAAAGACUAGGAGCACAAUCAGCUGUGCUUACAAGUAACUUUAGAAUUUACCUUUUUGUGGAAGUACAUUCUACUUCAUAGAUAAGUGAACUUCAGGCAAGUUGAGAAUGAUAGUUCUUGGGGAUUUCUGUGUUAUGUAUUUCUAAAGCAGCAUUCAGUGGAAUAGAGAAAAAUGGCUUUGAAGCAAUAGAUAACACAUUACUUCGGGCAGUA